AUGUGCAAGUGCUUCUCCAUCACCACCAACACUCACGGUGUCCUUGAGCGCCAUCAGUUGUCUCACAAUAGCCUUUUCACUGGGCGACAGGCAUACGAUACUCUCGGUCGGGCUGUCGAUAUACAGAACUCUAAUACCUUUCUGGACAUACCCGACCAUCAUGCACUACCUUACACCGAUGUUACAUAUCAGUUCAUGACAUUCGAUGGCCUUCAUGCUUACCAGCCUUGCUGCGAGAACAUCGAUCACCUUAACAUCCUCAGAUCAUUGCGCGCUAUUGAACCCGAUGGCGAUCCAGUUUUCGAGGCAGCUCUUGCCGACAAUCUCUUCACAAAGUUCAAUGUCUUUGCCACAGCACCAGAACCAGAUUGGUUCAUGAGACCUCGUGCGUGCCCCAGGUCACCCCCGAGACCAGCCAAGCAGGUUGAAAGCUCGGCAGAACACCCGCCUUCGCCCAUGUCCGACCUCGCAAUGAACUCGGAAGUAGACGAUAUAAACCGUCUGGCCGCACCAAUGCCCUCGAGUGUACUUGAGCAGUUCAACCGACCAUUUGAAGCAAUUGGCUUCAAUGCCCAUGGUCAACCAGCCACAUUUGACCCAACGCCAGGUGCCCGAUCAUACUUUCCCCCGAGACGUUUUGGUAGUGCAAGCGCCAGUGUUGUUUCGAGGCCAUGGUUUCGCUACGAUCAUAACUGUUGGGGGGGCAUCACCGCUCGGUGUUACAGACACAACCUCUCCUCGGCAUAA